AUGCCAGUCGGCCUGCUGCGGUGUCAGAAUGAUCCCCUGUGCAAGGAGCUGACGACGGUCGUCCAUUCGGCCAAAAGGGCGUCCGUUGCGGAAGAUACUGGAGAGCUGUGGCAUGUCUUGCUCCAGGACACCAUCAUCUUUCCCGAGGGUGGAGGUCAGCCAAGUGACACGGGCACGCUGCAGCUGUUCGAAUCUUUCGAGGGAUCACAGCCGGCAGAGCUGUCGAUUGUCUCUGCCUUUCGACGCAACCUCGAUGCCGUGCAUAUGGUCCAUAUACCAUCAGGUGUGCCGGCGCAGAACCUGCUCCAACGAGGCGCAAAGGUUCUCGUAAAGGUCGACUGGCAGAGACGCGAAGACCACAUGCAGCAGCACACGGGCCAGCAUCUCUUGUCUGCGUACCUGGAUUCGCUCGAUCCGCCACUUCCGACGCUUUCGUGGGGCCUCGCAGCAUGGCCGCAGCCGUGCUACGUUGAGCUCCCGCGCGCUCCAACGGAUGCGGAGCUGGAGAGCGUCAGAGCACAGCUGAGCGCCUCCAUCAAGCGAGGCCAUUCGAUUACCGUGACGGUCGAGUCGAUGGAGCAGGUCGCACAUGCGCCGCCGAAGCUACCCCAGGACUAUGUGGCUGGUGCAGAUGGCGCGGGCGACGAUGUCAACUCGCAAGGCGUCAUCCGGACUGUCAAUAUCGACGGGAUAGACGCAAAUCCAUGCUGUGGGACACAUUGGCCAUCGCUCCGCUUCCUACACUACAUACACAUCUACCCUGGCACGUCCAAGAUCCGCGGGAGCAACGUGCGCCUAUACUUUGACGUUGGGCGCCGCGCCUUUCACAACCUGCUUGAGUCAUUCGACGUCGCGGCGAGCAUCUCGCGCACCCUCGGCUGCGCGAGGGGCGAGACAACCGCGCGGCUAGACAUGCUAAUGGCCAAAGAGAAGGGCGCCAGGAAGCGGGAACUCCAGCUCAAGGAAGAGGUCGCG